ACUUCCAGACAGCGAACAUGGCAGAAGAAGCACCAGCAGCAGCCGCCGCCGGGCCGUCCAAAGCCCAGGCCAAGCCCGCGAAGAAGAAGACGGCGGCCUCCAAAGCGAAGAAAAGCUCUCCCAACAUCUCCGAUGCGGUCUUGAAGGCGGUGAAAGACAGCGGGGACCGCAAAGGGACCUCCAUGUCAAGCAUCAAGAAAGCCGUUGCAGCGAUGGGGAUCGAUCUGGACAAGAGCAACAAGCGCGUCAACACGUCAGUGUGCAGACUGGUGGCGAACGGUGAUUUGAUCCAAGUAAAGGGCUCUGGAGCUUCUGGCUCCUUCAAACUGCCCAAGGCGGCCGAGACCAAGGCAAAGAGUGCCAAGAAAGUCACCAAGCGGGCGGCAGUGAAAAAGACCGCCGCCAAGAAGACAACAGCCACCAAGAAGACUCCCACCAAGUCGAAGAAAGCAGCCACCCCUAAGAAGAAGGCAAAGGCACCUGCCAAGAGUCCUAAGAAGACACCUAAGAAGACACCGACUAAAAAGUCCCCUGCCAAGAAAGCUGCCGCCAAGAAGGCUCCUGCAAAGAGGGCUGCCCCUAAGAAAACACCAACCAAGAGGGCAGCGCCUAAGAAGACUGCAGCCAGAAAGUCUAAGAAGUAAA